AUGUUCGGCGUGCCUGCCAGGAAAAACUCACAGGCGUCCCUGCCGCCCUCCCAGUUCCGAGAUUCCGCCAGAAACGCCAUCUACCAGCAGCUCCCUCUGCAAUCUUUAGGACUUAGUUCGGCCACUUCCCUUCAAUAUCAAAACGUGCCGGAGUCUUUGGUGGACUGGAACCUCAACGUGACCCGCUGUAAGCUCAUGCUCAACCAUAUGCCCAUGGUGUCGUCAUCUCCAGAUAUCUCAUACUCCGACCAGCAGCUUCCUCAACUAGUCGGCGAUCUUGCACAAAUCUGUCAGAUCGUGCUCCUCCAACCCCAUAUUUCCGAUAAGGAGCUUAUUUAUACGCUCUACUCACUGAACUUAUACACGGAGCACAAACUUGACAGUCUGUUCAAAAAGUCUGUGGCAGAGAUCUCUGUCAAACAGUCCAGACUACUACAAAUAAACCAGCCCAAGAGACAGCUUCCUUCACCUCCCAUCACGCAAGGUGAUCAGUCCCACCUCACUUUUCAAUAUAAGGAAAUUGCUGUGAGGAAUUACUUGGUCAACCUAGCAGCUGCGGCCACGACCGCUUACGAAUACAAGGUCAAGAGCGACAAUAUCAAAAAGGAGCUCAAGCUGCAGCUGGCCAAUGGUGAAAAGAAGAAGUUGACCAAGGACGCAAAGAAACUCUUGUGGGACGAGGUGCGUCUGGAUGUGUUCCGCCGGGCUGGUUUGGAGGAAUAG